AUGAGCUCAGCAAGGGAUCUAAACAGGUUUGCUGAUGCUUUUGGAAAGGUAAGUGUCAAUUUGAAUAGUUUUUUUAAAUUUAAGGUUUUUGAAAAAUUGUUGUCUAAAAUUUAAGUUUCAAAGGAUAAGGUUUUUAAAGAAAAAAUACGUUUUUAGACGUUACCUCAUAUUAGAACUGUAAUGAAUAGUUAGGUUUUAACUAUAACAGAAGCUUUAUUACUUAAAAAUUCGGUUUUUGAGUAAAAUUUCUUGAUUUUCGACGAAAAAAUGUAUUUUAGGUUCAAUCUUUUGGUUUUCUAAAAAUUGAAACUUGCUUUAUAAAAAUAAAGUUUUUAAUAAACAAAUAGCAUUAAAAGCUUAAUUACAGCCUUUAAAAUGACUCUUGCAUUAUUCUUCUUAAUUUAGGUAUCACCAAACACAAUACGAAAUGUUUGCAUUAUUGCCCAUGUUGAUCAUGGCAAAACGACGAUAGCUGAUGCUUUAAUAUCUUCAAAUGGCAUAAUUCCUCGUAAGUUUUUUAUGUUUAUAUUGUUUCUGGCUUUAGAUAUUUAGCUGAAACUGUUUGGAAGUUUUCAAACGGUUUAGCUAUUAAAUUGAUGUUAUUAUAGUUUGCUGAUGAAUAUUAUCAAUGAUUUGGUUCGUGAUGAAGAAUUUAAGCUAGGAAAACGUUUAACUGUCUUUUCUAAACGUUAUGUUAAUUUAUAGCUUUGUUUUGAUUUAGUUAAGCAGCAAAAAAGGGCUAUUAACCUAUGUUAACAUAGGGUUUUACUGAAUUUUUCAAUUUUAGCAGAAAAUUUGAUAGUGUUUUUUUAAAUUCAUAGUCUUGGUAAUGAUUUAAGCAUUUCUUUUUUAAUUAUAAACUUCUUCAGCCCGACUUGUUGGCCAAAUGAGGUUCAUGGACUCGCGAGAAGAUGAACAAGAACGAGGAAUCACGAUGAAAUCUUCAGUUGUCUCUCUACUCUUUGACCCAUUGUUACUAAACCUGGUCGACAGUCCAGGCCACGUCGAUUUCCUGGCUGAAGUCAAUUCAGCAGUGAAUGUUGCAGAUGUAGCACUAUUAGUGGUUGAUGUUGUCGAAGGGGUUUGCUCUCAAACCGAAAGUCUUCUUCGUCAAGCCAUUCUAAACCAAGUUCAAGUCAUUUUGGUGUUGAACAAGAUUGACCGAUUGAUAACUGAGUUGAAGUUGAGUGAAUCCGAAGGCUUUCAACACAUUCGACAGUUGAUUGAGAAUGUCAAUUCGACAUUGUCACAGAUCUUCCAAGGUUUAUUGUUGGAGGAUCAUGAUGAACAAGUGGAAUGGGACAAGAUUGAGGAUGUUGAACUAAAGUACCAUUUCCAUCCGUCUCACGGCAAUGUUCUCUUCUCUUCGGCUGUUUUUGGCUACGCCUUUUCUGUCGGAGACUUUGCCAAUAAAUGGGCGGUCAAGUUGAAGAUGGAGCCUUCGUAUCUGGAGCAAAACCUCUUCAGCGAUUGUUACUUUGCGGGAGGACAAUUACAUCAAGAAGCCGAGAAGAAGGGGAAGAAGACUCUGUUCGAACAAUUGGUGCUAACACCACUUUGGGAGGUGUACAAAGUGGCAUUUCAGGACAAAGACGUGGAGAAAUUAAAGUCCUCCGCCUUGAAGUUAGGUUUAGAACCAUUAAAGGCCAAGAGAUGUGAAGAUGCUUUCCAUGAGCUGAUGAGAACAUGGAUGCCAUUAAGUUCGGCGGUAGCUAGAGCUGUAGCCAGGUGUCAAAGUGCUAAAGCGGCCUUCAGUACGGAUGAAAGAGUGUCAAGGAUAUUCAAAGCGAACGAUUGUGAGAAGAUCACCAAGGCUUUGAAGGCUUGUGAUUCGAACGAUGAGUUCUCGUUGUUGUUCGUCAUGAAGUUGUAUGUUGUGGAUGAGAAGAAGCUGGCUGUAUGUAGAGUUAUGAAUGGAAGGGUGGAGAAAGGUAAGGAUUUUGGGUUGUAUAUUGACAUAGAGAGCUUUAAAAAGCUCUGAAUAUUGAUGUUAUUGUAGUUUUAUGCUGUUUUGGAAUUAUUCUUUGGGUUUUUUGCUUGAAAAAUCAACUUUUUUAGUAUAAAAUGACCUUUUUUUAGCCUAAAACAAUAUUUUCUAGCCUUCAAACCAAUUUUUAUAGAUAUGAUAUAACUUUUAAACUAAUUUAACUUAUCUUUAAUCAAUUCCAGACCAACUACUAUAUCCAGUAUCGAAAAAACCAGACCAAGAGCCUCAAAAAGUCACCUCAAUCAAUAUUAUGUUAGGCAAAGAUCUUCAUGAGGUUGAAAAAGCCGUAGCCGGCACCAUCGUAGCCAUAGAAUUUGAAGAUUUUCCAUCAUCAGCGACAUUAUCAAACGAGAAAGUGGAUUCAGAAGGUUUGGGCUUUGUAAACGAGGGAAUGGAGCCAUUGGUCAGGGUUACCUUGAGGACAUCUUUGGAUAUUCAGAAUAUGGCACAGUUGAAGCAGGGAUUGAAACAGCUUAGCACGGUUGAUCCAUCAGUACGAGUGUUUGAGCAAGAAGAUGGAGACUUGGCGUUGGUGACAGCCGGGGAAGUGCAUUUGCAAAAAUGCUUGCAGGUAUGGGUUUUGGAGUUUUACAAAUAUUAUAUGGUAUAUUACAGUAGGCAGUUUAUGGUAAUAUUAUUAAGUUGUUCAAAUAAUUCUGGGCUUUCUAAUUACAAAGAUUUGCUUUGAGGUGGGGGUUCAGAAUUAGUUGAACAACCUAAUAUAUUUUGAAAAAAAAUGGUAGCCUCACUUUUCUUUUAAGUAAAAUACGAACUUUUCUUGUUCUGGUUUGAAAGUUAAUUGAAAAAGUAAAAACUUAAUUUUACUUUAUUUUUUAGGAUCUGGAACAACUAGGUCUGACUGACCUCGAAGUUUCUGCUCCUAUCGUGCCAUGUUUGGAAACCAUCGUACCAGACAUUUCGAAUUCGUAUGCCAAGAUUGUCGCCUUGCAUUUGACGGUAAGUAUUAUAUCAAAUCGUUCAAAUAAUUCUGAGCCCUGUACCAGAGCAUUUUUUUUCGGGUUCAGGGGCACAGAAUUAUUUGAACAGUCUAAUGUAAAAAAUUAAGGCCGUUUGGACUGUCUAUGCCUCAGGGCGUCGCUAAGAGAUGGGGGAGGGAUGAAUGGGGGUGUAUGUCUUCAAGGCGUACCUAAAUUGCUACCUUUUUGGAGGCAGAGGUUGGGCCCGAUCAAGCUCAUAAACUUUUGGCUAGGCUUUUUUUGAUUUUAGCUGGUUUUUGACAACUCUGACUUGAGUUUUGAUUGAACUUGCUUCUUGAGAUUGAGGUAUUCUUAAUUAUCUUAUCUCUUUACAUAUAGUAAGGGCUGAUAAAACAGAUACAGAUAAAACUUGAAGAUCUACUUUAUUGUCAUCAUAUUGUUUUAGGAAUGCUUUUUGAAAACCUUCAGCUUGAGGCUAAAAGUGAGAGCAGUGCCACUGUCAGAAGAGAUAAUUCAUGUUAUGAAGAAGUGCGAGGACUGUAUUACGCAGUUCAAGGAUGGUAAGUUAAUAUAUUUUUACUGUACUUUACCUUGUCCUAUCUUACCCUACUUUAUCUUACUUUACUCCACCUUAUUCUACUUUACCCUAUCUUAUCAUACUCUACCCUACCCUACCUUAAUCAGCUUAGUCAUUCAUAUAUUAUCAUACUAAAAAGAAGUUAUUUUAGAUGAAAAGUCAGAGCAAUUGGAUCAUUUCCUGAAGGAUUUGAAAGAAGCAGCGGUCAAGAGUUUACCAGGAACGAAAGGAACCUUUUGGGUACGAAAAACGGGCGAAGACAUUGAGAAGCUCUUCGACAAUCUAUGGACUUUUGGACCGAGAAGAGCCAAGUUCAACAUAUUGUUCAACGCUAUAGAGGAACAAGGUAAGGGGGUUUUUAAUCUUGUGGUAAAUAAUAUGGUUGUGUUAUAUAAGGAAGUUUUUAUUUUUUUUAAGGUUUGUUGUUUAACAAGGUAAAAACUACUACAAUAUCCCUUACUUCCAGACGAAACAGUAGUAAAAGCCUUGGAAAGAGCUGUAAUUGGAGGCUUCGAGUUGGGCAUGAGCCUAGGACCUUUGGCCGACGAACCAAUGCACGCAGUUGGAGUCCUGGUUGAAGAACUCGCUUUUGUAGCUCCAGAAGAACCGAACGAUGAAGACAAUGGCCCAGUAGAAGUGACAGACCCCCAACUUCAAGGUCAAAUGAUCUCGGCCACAAAACAAACCAUCAAAGCGGCCCUAAGAAAGACUCCCAUGAGACUGGUGACCCCAAUGUACAAGUGCAAGGUUCAAACCUCGGCCCAAGCCCUAGGCAAAGUACACACCGUUCUAGCUCAACGUCAUGCCAAAGUGCUAGACGAGGACAUUAACCAAGCCACCGGCUUCUUUGAAAUCGACUGUCACCUACCCAUCAUCGAGAGCUUCGACUUCUGUGAUCAACUACGCAAAAAGACCUCGGGAGUGGCGUCAGCUCAGCUCACCUUCAGUCAUUGGCAGAUCAUCGACGAAGACCCCUUCUGGAUACCAUCGACCGAGGAGGAGCUGGAAGAGUUCGGAGAGAAAGGAGAUACCGUCAAUCAGGCCAGAGAAUACAUGAAUAAUAUCAGAAGGAGGAAAGGACUGCCAACUGAUGAGGUCUUGGUAGUUAAUGCGGAGAAACAGAGGAAUUUGAAUCGGAAAAAGUAG